AUGGCCGAAGAAUCUAAACGCGCCUCCACGUCGGAAGCCCUCGCAUCUCCUGCUAGUGAUCAGAAUGCUGAUGCGCAAACCCAAUUGACCGCCGCGGUCGACGACCUCCUAGACCAACUCCAGCAUAAAUUCGACAACGUGUCGCAGGAAAUGUUCGGAAAACUAGAUGAAAUGGUCCGCCGACUAGACGAACUUGAAGCCUCAAUGCACAGCGCCUCGGAUGCCGGGCCGACCAGUCCUGCCAAGUAA